AUGAUAAAAAAAAAUAUUAAAUCAAUUUUUGGAAAACUUAAUUGUUUUAAAGCAACAACUAUUAUAGAAACUCAGGAAGAAAUAGAACCACAGAAAACCAAAAAUAUCGAAGAAACUAUAAUAAAGAAACAUGAAGAAACAAAAGAGGUUGUAAAAAUUGAAAAACAUGAAGAAACAAAAGAAAUUGUAAAAAUUGAAAAACUUGAAACAAAAGAAGUUGUAAAAAUUGAAAAACUUGAAGAAACUGAACAAACAACAAACAUAGAAGAACCCGCACAAGAAACGGAAGGAACAGAAAAGAUUGAAGAGCCCAAAGAAAUUAAAUACUGCAGCAUGUGUUGGCAAGUUAAAAAACUAAAUUGUCGUUGCGAAAAAGAUUACGAAAUUUACAAUACUGUUGUAUCAUGGCAAUAUGGCCACGUUAUUAAGAUAACGGGUUUGGAAACAUUCCAUGAAAUUUUUGAAAAAGCCGAUAAAGAAAUGAUUAUUACACCUGAAUUACCAAAGAAACAUCCUGAAGCAUGUUAUUCGAGCAGAUCAGUAAGCCAAUAUAUUAAUAGUUCGAAAUAUGUUACAAGAGAUAUUAAAGAUGAUUGUGAGGAAUUAAAUUGUAGACCUUUAUCUCCUAAUGCUUCUAUCCCUUCUUCACCGAGAACUAAUACGCAUCAACAGCCACCAUCAAUAAUUAUCAACAAUAUACCUCCUUUAUCACCUACUUUACCAUUACCAUCUUCAGUUCUACCAUUUAGUGAAUCAGAUAAAUUAUUAAAUAGUAUAUCAAAAGAUCUUGGUAGUGAUUUAUUUUUAUUGAAUGAAGAAAAUAAAAGUCGUGUUACAAAUGAUAUACAAAGUGUUCCCGGUCCUGUCGCAACAAAAUCACCUUCUAAGAAUAUUUCUUUUCUUAAUACUCCACGUGAAGCUCCAAAAAUACACCGUAAUUCUUUGCCUCCAGUAAAAAGUGUUUCCAAUUUGGUGUCAAGAUUUGAAAAAGUCUCAUCACCACCCACGUCACCAACUACUUUGUCACCAACAAAUAAGUUUGUCCAAAUUUCCGAUCCUUACGAUAAAGGUCCAUUAUCGCCUACUGAAGGUCAUGUAAAAAGACUUCAACCAAUUAUUGAACCCUUCUUUAAGUCUUCUCAUGCAAAAAGUUUACAAACGGUUGAACUGGAUGAUCAGAAUACAAUAAUCACGCCUUCUACAUUUUUGUCCUCAUAUGAAAAUGACAAACCAAUUAACAAUGUAUCUUCGAAAAAAGCUGAUUCGAAUCCGAUGUCUCCCGUUGAGAAAGUUAAAAAAGAAAUUAAACCAUUUUCUGACAAUAAAAAUGACCGUGAUACUUUCAUGACAAAAGAAAUUACGUCGCCGAAAUUUUCUUCUAUAUCCACUUCUUCAAAUCCAAUUACUACUACUACCACUUCAUCAACUUCAAAUAUUACUCCAAAACGGGUUAAACCUAGACCAGAACGACUAUCCAUUAUUUCUACAAAUUCGUCAACGCAAGCUUCUAUUGUUCCUGAGCCGAAACGACGCACAUCACUUAUGACCUCACCAGUGAUUCCGAAUAAGCAAAGUAGACGCGAGAGCACAACUAGUAUACAUUCUUCCAAUCGGAAUCCUCCAAAAAUCAUUUCUCCUACUACAAAGGCAAUUCAAGAAUCUCCGUCUGAACCGAAAGUAAAUGACUUUCUUGAAAUAAAACCUACUUCUCCGCUUGAUUUUACAUUUUCUAAAUCUUUAUCCAAAGAAUCAACAUCUAUCAACGCAGAACCCUCUUCUUCCAUUUAUACUAAGUACUUUCUUGAAGGAUCUUCAGAAACUACUUAUUCUCAGAAUUCAAUUCCGAUAGAACUUAAUCUCGAAAAGAAAUCAGACGAUUCUAUUGAACCUUUACCAAUAUUUAAAAAAUUUUCGUUAUCUUUACCAAAAUCUAUAAAAUCUAUAAAAUCUACAAAUUCUCCUAAACGUAUUUCUCUAAAGUUGGAUACAAAAGCUUCCGUUCAACCGGAUUCAGUUCAAACAACUUACAGUUCACCUACUCGUUCUCCUAUGGCAUCAGUUCAAACAACUUAUAGUUCACCUACUCGUUCUUCUAUGUCGCCAGUUCAAACAACUUAUAGUUCACCUACUCAAUUGGUUUUGCCACCUAUUGUUCCUUCAUCUCCAAUGUGGGGUCCAAAAGCUGAUGAAAUUCCAAUAACACCAGUUCAGGAAUUACCUACAAUUCAAUUACCAGAAUUAUCAGUUCCUACAUUCAAUCCAAUUCGAUCAAGUUCUCCACCAAUUAAAAGGAAUUCAAACAUAAGCAACAACAUAUCAGAAUUUUUACCUGAGAUUAAACCAAUUUCACCAAUAUGGAAUGGUAUCGCAAAAGGUAACUCUAAAAUUCCUGAAGAAUCUUUGUAUCAACCUGAAGGAGAACCUUUGUCUGAACUUCAUUCCACAAUAUGGAAAGCGAUGAAUCAACCCUUAUCGGAUAGAAAUAAUUAUGAUUUACCAUCUUUAAAUAAGUCAGAAGAUGCUGAUAUUGGAUUUCUUGAGCCAUUACCAAAAGCUCAGUAUUCCACCACAAAUCGACGCGAAACAGUAUCAACAACUACAUUUGCACGUAAUCUGCCCGACACAUCGAGAGAUUUGCCUUCAAAUAAAUGCAAUUCUUGGGGUCUUUGGGGCGAUUCGCCACCAUCUUCACCAAAUAAAUUCAAAUUAGACCUAGAUCCUUUCAAAUCUUAUUUAGAUAGUAAAGAUAGUAGUAAAGAUAAUAAAAAUAGUAAAGAUAGUAGUAAAGAUAAUAAAAAUAGUAAAGAUAGUAGUAAAGAUAAUAAAAAUAAUAAAGAAUAUACUCCUCAACCGGUCGCCAUGAAUUCAGAUGAAGCUAGUCAAGAUUAUCAAAAAUACAAUCCGUUCAUAAAUUCAAAUUCACAUAAAAUUGGUAAACGUGAUAUCUAUAAGGUUAUUGUUGGCUCAAAGAAUAAGAAAAAUAGUUUACCAUCCGCACAAGAAACCAGCACAUAUAUGAUGGAAAUGGUAGAAACCAAGAUUCCUGAUAGACAAGAUCAAAGUGAAAAUUAUUUAAAUGAUUAUAAAUAUAAGGAUAAAACUAGUAAAUCUCGUGGACAAGAUAGAUCAACCCUACUAAAGUCCAAUUCAUCAACGAGAAAACCUGUACCAAAUAUAAGUUGCACUUCAAAGUCAAGGGAAACUAAAUUAUUUGAUGAACAUUAUGCUUGCACUGUAGCAUUAAGAAAGUCUGGAUCUUUUGAGACUUAUAUAUCGGAGGGAAGUUCCACAAAGAGAUCUGUAAAUAGUGGAAGACGUCAAAAGUUUAAACCUGUUCAAUUACCACCAUCUCCUUAUAGCACAAUUAGACCAUCAAGAAAUGCACUAUCGACAACUUCAACACUCAAGAAGAAUCCCUAUAUUGUGAAAAAAGUUUCUAUUAAACAAAACAAUCAUGAUCUUCCAGAGUACGCGACAACAAAGUCAAAAAUGUCAAUAUUAGUUCCAUAUAAUUUAAGUUCUUCUGAAUAUAAAAAAAUGAAUCGAUCUGAUCCAGAUCUUUCGGCAAGAUAUCGAGAUAAUAUAUUUAACAAAGCAUUUAGACAUAAUAACAUGACUGUACCAGAUUUCAUGCGCCUAAAUUAUGUGAAAGAACAAAAACCGGAUUUCAAGAUGGCCAUAAUGACCGACGCUGAUUCGGAUCCUUCAGAAGUAACGAAAUUUAGUAUAGAUCCAUUUGAUGAAUCAGAAUCUAAUCAACUAUUUAAACCUGGUGCACCUUGGAUACAUUUACCAAACCUUGAUUCAUUUAUUAAAUCGUUACCACCAACAGAGUUUACUAAUCCAAAAGAGUUGAUGACAACAGAAGAAUAUGAAAAAUUCAUAUUAACGAGUGGUAAGAAUAAGAGAGUUCAUGCAGAAUCUUUAUUCCCACCAAUGAAUCAGGUUCCAAAAGGUCUUAGUCUUGAUGAUCUCAGGAAUAAUAAAACGAACUCCAAGUUUUCAAUGUCUCAAGGAUUUCAAAAUGAACUCAUAAUGUCAGCUAUUGAUGGAGUUUUAGCCGCAGAACCUGCUUAUGGUGCUAGAUUCUUGAAAUUAGAAUUAAUAAGAGAUUUCAUACAAUUUUUGGCGUUAGUACUUGCUUUUGGAAAUUCAGGUAUACUAGGAGGUUGGGUGACGGUUGCUUUGGUUACAAUUCCAAAUUUGUUAAGCUUAAAUUUGGAUCAAGUAUUCGGACAUGGAACUAUAUUUUUCUUGUUGUUUUGUUUUAUGAGUUUCUUGGGAUUGUAUUGGUUUAGACAAAUGACUAAAUAUGAUCCUAAUGCGGAUGGAUUCGAAUCUUCGCCAUGGAGUUUACGUCCAGAAACAAAACGAUGGCAGAACAUCGCCAUAAUAUUCAUUUUAACUACCCUUUACCUUCCGGCGGCAAAACUUUCUAUUGACGUUCUUGUAUGGGCAGACACAUUUUGGCCUGUACCCAAUCCAUAUUUGAAAACUGACAAUCCAGUAUUUGAAAAGGAAACCGGCAAUAUGCGAAAUCCUGAAGAUUUUUGUUAUGUUACUAGUAUGAAUAAGGAUGAUUUGAAUCUUUCUCCUGUGAUAAUUGUGGUGGCAAUUUUAACACUUGCGGUUUUCACAUUUUGGUUCCCUAUUGCGUUAAAAAGGUUAGUUGACAAGAACAUACCAAAGGUGGAUGAAUACAAUGAUAUUGGUGAAGCUACUGAUAGAAACGAAGAAUAUGAAAAGUUGUUGAAAAAGGAUAAUUGUCCUUAUAAUUUCUUGUAUAAUGGUUAUAAUGAAAAAUGGGCAACAUACAAGACAUUUAUCAUGGCCAAUAAAUUCUUUAGUAUAUUUUUGAUUGUUUUAAUUUCCAAGGAUAAUUGUUUAUUCAGAUUUGCACCAAGAAUGCAGAUUGAAGCAAUAAGACAAAUACUUCAAAUAUUUCUAAUGGUAGCCCUUUUCAUUAUUCAUUGGAGAAGUGAACCAUUUAUAUAUGAUUCACAAAAUACUAGUGAAUAUUGGUCACGUUUUGGAUACGUGUUAAAUACCUUACUUGGUCUUUUUACUGUUAUUCAAAUAGGAUCUCCUAAUGGAAUAGGUAUUGGAACGGGUGUAAUGAAUGGUUUCAUUAUAAUUAUUGUAAUUUGGUACAUAGUCAAGGAAACCGAAAGUUAUCAAAGUAUUAAGAAAAAGGUUACAAAAAAAUUGGAUUUUAGUUUGAAUAUUUAUUCUUCAAAGUUGGAUUUUGCAAAACAAAUUAAAAAAAGAAUUUGGCAAGAAACUUGGACCACGUUGUUGUUAACAUCCGAAGAAUUCAAAAUGCCAAAGGGUAAAGUGAUAGCUUAUUCUCAAAGCCCAUAUCGACCUCCAUAUUUGCUAAAUUUCUCGGGAUCAGUAGCAGAACGUCAUAUAGAAAAUCUAAAGAUCAUUAGACAAAUAGGAAUAAGAAAUUAUUUGUCAUCUGCAGCACCAUUACCAUCUUCACUUGCUGAAAUGAGAGCCAAAAUUGUAAAUAAUUAUGUUGGUCCUGACAUGUAUUAUGCACCAGAAUUAUUAUCGCUCAAGAUAAAAACAUGUUUUGGAAAAGCAUAUGUGGUACCUUUUCCAUUUAGUGUAGUAAUUGUAUAUGAUGAAGAUGAGAGUGUAUUAAUAUUAACACAAGAAUGGGAGAUUACUAGAUAUUUGCAACAGAAUGAAAAUAAAGAAAUUAUGAGACGUAGAUUGGUUCGACAAAUGAUCAGAGCUUUAGAAGGAGAAAUCGUUAUUGGUCCUUGUAAUUAUAAAGGAGAUGUUAAAUAUAUAGAAAUGUAUCAUGGGAUAGAUGAUAAGACUGAUUACGAAAAUUCAGAUAUUCAUUAUCACCGAGGUCUUCUUCAGAUUCGACGAAAGCAACAAUCAAAAUGGAAAAAUUAUAACAUGAAUCCUGGAUUUGAAGUGACGAUAACUUAUUGUUCGGCUUCAAUAUGGAAUUCUUCUUUAGGACCCAAACAACCAACACAAGAAAGAGUGGUUUCACAUGAUGUAAUUGGUUUGACACCAGAUUUUCAGAUGACUCCACAAUUAGAAAAAUUAUUAAUGGAUAAUUAUAAAAUAUUGGAGAAAGGACUAAAAGAAGUACAAUCUACAAUGGAUGCAUAUCGAAAAUUUUAUAGGGAUGAAGCUAUAGCUAAAGAAAAGACAUUAUCUUAUGAAUUUUUCGUAAAUGUUUAUGACAAUCCAUCAAUACCCCUUGAAUCAUUACCUGCUCUAUUAAUUAAUACAGAAGAGAAUCCAGCUAUACAAGCUAUACCUGAGGCAGAAUAUCCAACUUUAAUAUACUUAUAUGAACGAAUUAGGAUGGUUAAUCUUUCAAGAGUACAUCAAUGGUGGUAUUUGUUUUGGGAAGAUUUAUGGAGAAAGAAUUAUAAAGAGAUUUCCGAAUUGGCUAAACAUCCACAAGAUUUUUCACCUGCUUACCGAACAAGUAUAUGUUAUAGACCUAUGGUAAGGUUAGAAUUGGAAGAAUUUUUAGAAAAAAGAGGAUGUUGGAAGAAUGAUGGGAAGAGUGGAUUUUUGAAUAGUGGAGUUUUGAAUAGGAUAUAUUUAUAUUUGAAUAAUGUAGUGUUUGAAGGACAUGAUGAUUCAUAUAAAAAGAAUAGUAGUAAAAAUGUAUAUGUUAAUGAUGAGAAGAAACCAAUAUGGAACUUAAUGAAAGGAAAUACUAUUGAUAGCAAUAGUGAAUACAACAUGAUUGCAGGAAAUGUCAAAAGGACAAUGAGAGAAAGAGUGCUAUUGAUGAGAAAUUUAAUGGACAUUGAUGUUGGGGCAGAUAGUGAUGGUGUGAAUUCUGCAAGUGAUGAUGAAACUUGUAAUGGAGAAUUAUCUGAUAUACAUAAUCAUGUUAAUAGUUUAGCUAGAGACGUCGUUCACGCUCGUCUGUCUAAAUUUCGUGGCCAUUCCCGUAUUAUGACUUUAUCUACUGAACUUGUUGCUCAAUUCGUCAAAGAUUAUGACCGUCUUUCCAAAGAUUAUAAUGAUCUUAAUGGAAAAAUUGAAACUUAUGAAAAACAAAAAUCGACCUUAACUCCUACAAAGUUGGAGGAAUUUAUCAAAAUAUCUGAUAAAGUAAUUAAAAUAAAUGAACAAACAAUUAAAGAUCUUGAUCAAAGGCAUGAAUUCUUUGAAAUGACAAGAAAAGCUAUUGAUCAGAAGUAUGAAUUGGAUAAAAUGUCAAAAAGAACUCUUGAGAUUCAAGAUGAAAUUAUAAAAGGGCUCGAAAAAAGGCAUGAAUCUAUUCAGGUUGCAAGGAAAGAAACUCCUGACGUUAAUCAUGAAGCUAUGAGCGAAAAAAGUGAGAAAAGUAUCUCCAAAAGUGAAUCCAGUAAUUAUAGUGCGAGACGACGUGAGAGCGACACAAGUGAAAAAUUUACUAAUCAAAAUGAAGUUAAGAAAAAUUAUAAUGAGCGUAACAAAAAUAAUGAUAAAAAAAAGUUUAGGUCGAAUGAUAAAGAAGAAAAUUUCGGCAUCGGAAAUUAUACUUAUGAAACAAACGAGUCAAAUGCCGAAAUAGGUGAGAGUAAAAAAAUUAAUAAAACAAGGAAUGAUAAAUAUAAUUGGGAUACAUUCCUUAAGAAUGGAAAUUGGGAUAAGAAUGGAAAUUGGGAUAAGGGAAGUGAGGGAAAUGAUAGUCAAAAUUGGGGAGAUGAAGUGAAUGCGCAAUGGGAUAUGAAUAAACGGAAAGAAGAAAAUAAUUGGGGAAUUAAGGACAAUAGUGAAACAGAAACGGAUUCUACUAUUCACAAAAAUAAUGAGAAAUAUCGCAAGAAUGAUCAAAGAGUUAAAAAGAGUAUGAAUAAUUGGGAUAGUUUAAAAAAGGAUAAUAGGGAUCGGGUGAACGACGUAAGGGAUAAUAGUAAAAAUCAAAGAUGGUCUAAAAGGGACAAUAAUUUGAAAGAAAAGAUGAAUAGAUGGGAUGACGGUAACAAUGAAAAAUGGGAUAAAAAAGAUGAUAAUAUGGUUUUUGACUUUACGACGAUAUUAAAUCUUGUCAAAGAUUUAAAGAUUUGA